AUGUCGGUUGUAGAUCAGUUACACUUACCUGAAUCCCCCAUCCACUACGAAAAGUACGAGAAACAGUGCCAAAUUCCAAUACGAUGCGAAGCAAAUAGACAAUGUCCCAAAGUCGGAGAUUGGUUUGAGAGUGAAUUGUUGGCUAAGAAACAGGCAACAUUGUUGUUUUCAGUUAAUAAUAUGAUGUCCUCGGAGGAAUCUUAUUUAAUUGGCAGUGAAGAAUAUGACUUUCAAAUGUUCGCUACAAAUGCACUGAACACAGAUGACGAGAUCGGCGUGAAGAAUACAAUGACAACAGAAAGCCUGUUGAGUAAUUUGGUGAACGAUCAGAACUUAUGUGCCAUUAAAAAUAUGCUCGAAGAAAGAUGUAAUAAUGUUAAUCAGUCACUUUCAUUGAAUGAAUGUCAGCAUACUAGGCAAUACAAAUGCAAUCCAUCGCAUCCAUUUCGUUCCUACAGUGGCAUAUGUAACAACUUAGGUCACGCAACGUGGGGUCUAGUUGGAAAUCCGUUUAAAAUGGAAAUGGCUCCUUGUUUUGAAGAUUUCGUAUCCAAGCCUCGGCUAAGCUCACACGGUCGAACGUUGCCUAACAGUCGCCAGCUCAUGUUAGAACUCCAACGAGCUCAAAAACGCCUACCGGAAAGAAAAACUUUUCCUGGUAAUCUUAAUAUAUUCGAACUAUUGCUCAGUGAGCUCGUUAAUACAGAUAUGAUUGGUCGAGCGAUCGGAAGAGUAUCCAAAGCGACGGGAGGUUUUCGAGGUUGCCAGGCUAGUGGAGAUGGCCUGAGCCCAUACAAAUCGCCUUUAGCAGAUCCGCAGCAGGUGUUUGCUAACGAUUCAAAUUAUGAACCACUGCGGAUUAAUUGUCUCAACUUUAGUCCCAUUGAAAAUGCCAAUGAUAACUGUAAGAUUACUUAUCUCAUGAAAAGAAAUACUGAAACAAGUUAUCUGGACCUCUCAAACAUUUACGAAGAAGGGAAGUAUGAUGAAAAUGGAAAGCUCGAAAUGACUUAUUGCCAAGCAUCCCAACGCAUGCCUAAUAAUGUCGUUUCUGUACAAUUAUUAGCAGUAGCAGGCCUAUUCACACAAUUGCAUAACGAUUGCGUAGAUAGAGUAAGGUCAUGCAAUCAAAUUAGACCUCUAGAAGAGAUAGCGGAAGUUUGUCGUUCACUCACGAUCGGUGUGUAUCAAAAGAUAGUAUACGAAGAGUUGAUAAAAGCAUGGAUGGGAGAAAAGUUUUACGAGAAGUGUAAUUUCAACACGGGAUACAAUCCCAGUUUAGAAUCGGUUAUUUCUUCCAUCUAUGUCAAUGGACCGGGACGAUUUCAGCAUGUGUGGAUACCGGAAAGCAUAACCUAUUUGCAGCGUAAAGUGCCGUUUCAUAUGUUUUUCAAUAAUUAUCAACAUUUUAACUGUGCGGCCGUUCUCGAGGGAAUGUUUGAUGAUCCGAUCAACUUAAAUGGACUGACGCAUUCGGUAAUGCACACCUUCUUCUCUAAGGAUGGAAUUAGGGGACACUGUUUGCCAUGUCUUGAUUUGUACCGAAGUCGAAACGCAGGGAUUUGUUCUCUUUUGUCGUAUUCACAUUAUUUUUCUAGAUUAUCUGGUGCUAUGUCGAAGAAAUGUUAUCACACAUUCGAUGAUCUGUCCGAUAUGUUUGAUUCUGAGCUAAUUGACGUAUUCAAGUCUAAUUUUGAGUCUCCAUUCGACAUUGAUGUGCUGUUUUCAAUUUUCGAGAAAGAAUUUCCUGAAGAUUCGUUCCUUCCGAACACGGUAGCACUAGCAACGUGUAGGGAGUUCAAGAGGUUGAAAGCCAGCGACCGAUUUUUCUAUACUUGGAAUAAAUUUCUCUCGCCAGCCGCGAAAGAGCUGAUGAACAUUAUUGAUCUGAAGACCUUGCUAGCACUGUUUGGUGGAAUCGAUAAAGUACCAGUUAAACCACUCGUGACGGAGUCCGAAAGAAUAAGUGCACAAUUACUUCGAGAUGUUGUUAAUCGCAACCAGUAUCUGUUUUGUGCAUUGUAG